AUGGCGGCAGGCCCCGAUGACAGUAUGGCGAUGCGACAAUAUGGCGACUCUAAGCCUAUGAAGUUGCCACCAGAAGCUGAAUGGAACGAGAUAGAAGAAGGAGAGGAUUAUUUNGAUUCGAUCGAUGGUGUUCGACCAAUAGAUCAUCUAGAGACCUAUCAUGAUCUGCUCCAUUACGUUUGUCUCCAUAUUGCCGAUCCAGAGGUGCGAGUGUUCUAUCUGGAGCAACGGGCCAGUUUUAAAGAUUGGCCAUGCUCGUGGAUAAAACCGGAAAGACUGGCAGCAGCUGGAUUUUAUUACACGGGCGAAGAAGAUAAGGUGAAAUGUUUCGAAUCCAUUGGUGUGGAUUCUAGCACAAUUCCGAAAAAAAUGGACGAAGCAGACGAGAAAUCCACGUGUUUUAUGUCCGUUUCCGAUUUGGAUGAUGUUACCGAGGACAUUGGAAUGUUAAACAAAAUAUUGUCGAAACCGAAAUAUCCACAAUUUGACACUUAUGAAGCAAGAAUCAAUACAUUUGAAGCAUGGCCAAAAUUAUCAAAACAAACAAAACAAGAUCUGGCAAAUGCUGGAUUUUAUUACACGGGGAGAGAUGAUCAGACGUUGUGUUACUAUUGCGGAGAAGGAUUGAGAGAUUGGAAUCCGGAAGAUGUUCUCUGGGAACAACAUGCAAAGUGGUCCACAAACGUCGGCACAACCAUGAUGACGUAA